AAAUGUGUGAAUACAUGAAAUUGUCUAUUAUAAAAAUAUUGAGUUUUCAGUUUAUUUGCAGUUUGUUUAAUUUACAGAAAACGUGAGCAAUACAAAAAUGUGUAAAACAAAUAAUUUAAUUAAAUCACCGUAAUGCCUGUUAGAACGGGAUAUGCCCCAGUACUCGGUGUACACGAUGCACGAGAAUUACUUAUUAUUCAUGAAAAUAAGUUGGGAGAGAAAAAAUUAGCACGUGAAUAUCGUGAUUUCUGUUAUAAUUAUUUUGACAAAUGAGGGGAAUGUACUUUACUAAUAUUAGUGCUGUUAUUGUAGAAAUAUUUUAUCGCUGGGUAAAUAACAUUGAAAGUUGCAAACACAACUCCUUUAUUAUUUGGCACCACGAAUGCUUUGCUUCAAACCAGGCGUGUGAUUCCGGUCCUAAUCGAGUUUGCAAGAUUUCGAAACCGCAUGCGCCAAAGAUACUAUGCAAGAAGAGGCAAGACUCUUGACCCAGAAACCCUGUUAAAUGAAACAGGAAAUGCCGACAUGGUCGUCUGUAAGAUUGCCAGCAAGUCAAAUAAAGUCGCUCCUCAAUGGUUGUCAUCUCUGAUUGGUGAAGUUGUUGAUAAUGAAAGUGCAACAGUGAUAGAGACCACAUCAGACGACAAACUUGUUGAAGAAUACGUGACAUGGAUCAUAGACAAGGCAGCUGACACUCUGAGACAGGAGUUGCCUAGAAACACAACCACCUUAACAGUGAGGCCAGCAGACGACAACAUAUCAUUGUCCUCCAGUAUCAUCAGCCAAAUUGCUGAUAUGGCUGUAACAGAGAGCUUGUCAAAUAUUGUGAUGGAUGCCGACAUCAACUACUCUGCUUUUAGAGCACCUAGAACUAUCAAAGAAUUCAAGGAAGCAUUUGGCAUAACCGGAUGUGACAUCAGUGAUGAUGGUCGUCCACCUGAAAGUGUGUAAGAUUGAAAGAAGAAGAAAGAAACCACGUGCAUGUCUAUUUUUGUUUGUUUUGUUUUGCUGUUUCGUUUUGAUUGCUUGUUUUGUUGUUGUUGUUUUUUUGCUUUGUUUGUUUUUUAUAUUAUUAUUUUCGUCUUUUCAUGUUCUGCUCAGGCAUCGAUUUUAUAUCUUUAAAUAUUAUUGUCAUAAACAUGUUUCUGAAUUUUAUUUUUACUAAUAAAGUCCAUUGAAACAUAAACUUGUCUAUAAUUUUCUAUCUUCCAGUAAAUUUCUCAUUGAAAUAGUCACAGUUUGAAACAUAUCGUUUUUAUGCUUUUCCAA